AGCGUAUUUGCCUUAAGUUUACUUUUGUUACCCUAUGUAACCAUCAGAGGGCACCCUAGUGCAAGCGCUCGCUUUCGCGCUUCUUUUGUGUCGCAGUAUUUAUACUGUCUCUCGUGAGCUGCCGUCUGUUUCAUCUGCGCAUGCGCUGUAUACUUGGACCAUUCAAAUGAUUCAUUUGUGAACUUCAUAUAUAUUUUUUCAUUUAAUAAAGCAGGCAGAGCACAAAAAAUGUCUGUUCAACCAUCCAACCCCAACAACCCGAUUGUCUUCUUCGACAUCACCAUAGGAGGACAGGAUGUCGGCCGGAUGAAGAUUGAGCUGUUUGCUGAUGUGGUUCCAAAGACUGCUGAGAACUUUCGACAGUUCUGCACUGGAGAGUUUAGGAAGGAUGGCGUUCCAAUUGGUUUCAAAGGCUGUACUUUCCACAGGGUGAUCAAAGACUUCAUGAUUCAAGGUGGAGACUUUGUAAAUGGGGAUGGUACUGGUAUCUGCAGCAUCUACAGGGGUCCAUUUGCAGAUGAAAACUUCAAAAUGAAGCAUUCUGCUCCUGGACUUCUAUCCAUGGCAAACAGCGGACCGGGGACAAAUGGUUGCCAGUUUUUCAUUACCUGCACUAAAUGUGACUGGUUAGAUGGGAAGCACGUUGUUUUUGGAAAAGUGGUGGAUGGUCUUCUGAUCAUGAGGAAAAUUGAGAACGUCCCCACUGGACCCAACAACAAACCAAAACUGCCCAUCCUCAUCGCUCAGUGUGGAGAAAUGUGAUGUUUAAUUUUAAAAUACAUUUCAUGAGACCCAAUGUGCUUUUCUUUUUCUUUUUCUUUUUUACACAAAAAAUGCAAUAAAUUGUACUUUUCUAAUUUAGAUGUUCUGUCUGGUUUAUUUUCUUUUUUCCACAUCUUUAGACCAAAUAACACUUAAACCAACAUACAGUAGUUUCAGUUUGAAGUAUGUAAUGCUCAUAAGUAGCUUUAGACAAUAUUAAAAUAAAGCGCAUGCAAAACAAGUGGGGCUAAGAAUGUGUUGUCAAGCAAUAAAUACUCAGCUUUUUCUUUCACGUCUCCAAUUCAUCGGAAUAUAAAAUCUUCCCCGGGUGGAUUAUGAACUUGAACUCUGUGUUUGGGCGAUAUGUAUCUGCAUGGAAACACACAGAGGUGUAAAGUUGUACUCUGAGGAGAUGCGGAGAUUAAUGUCAAUCUUAUCCAUGGAGCAAAUUAGAGCACUCUCUCCUGUGCCAAGCAAUCCUCUGCUGAACUUAUGGCUACCCCUUCUAUCCCAGCCAAAUCCAAGCUCCAAGCCCCCCUCCCCCAUACUCCCCUUGAACAUCAUUCUCUUGGCACAAAAGGAUCCUUUCAGAUGGAGACUCUCUUCUUAUGGAGGCAGGAAGAGGGUUUUCUUCUUCUUCUUUUUUUUUUUUUGGAAAGGAGAUUUUCUCCAUGGGGAGGCUUUCUGAGGCUCAUUUUUGUGUGUGGGAGAGCGGAGCUCUGCAGUUAACAGCAGAGCUUCACACGUCGGCCUUUGCUUGUAAAUGGUGCCAGUGGAGCUUUAAUUACCAUGACAAUGUUUGUGAAGGGGCGGGAGGGAAAGCGGGUACUAUUGGCUGUUCACUCUUUGCUAGAGAAAAGGGAAGUUUUCUCAACUCGCACAAGAUGGCUGACUUUUAUCAAUUAUACUGACUGUUUCGAGUGGAAAAAAUUAAGUCAUGUGGCUUUCUACCAACACCGGCUUAUGUCAGCUUUUGUUUACUUUUGCAAUGCCUUUCUCUUAUGAUAGAUACUCCAUUUCUCUGUUAGGAACUUCAUUGGUGUCAAAGACUUCACUACCACAGAUUUAAGAAAGCACAACACACAUUAGAAGCGGCGUACAAAAAUUCAGCCUAGGCUGAUUAUGUUCUGCAGACUAAAUUUAUAGAUUGAAAAUCUUGAGCAACACCAGUCUGUUAAUGAAUGAAUGUAUGUGGCUACCGGUGUCGUGCAAGAGUAUUCACAACCCUUUGACCUUUUACACAUUUUGUCAUGUUACAAGCACUUCAAUGUACUUUAUGUGGAAGCCACACACAAAGUAGCACACAUUGGUAAACUCUUUAAUUUGCAAAGUGUCUACAAUUCUUUAGAGAGAAAUCAGAGAUGUCUGCAGACACAGCAGUCUGUCCGUUUUUACUCGCAUGCUCCAAAAUGUAACCUAGUGCAACCAACUGCUUUUAGAGAUCAUUUAAUUUGAAAUUGUACUCCAAAUAUGAGUCAGUUUAAUUCUAGCUUGUCCUGUUAAGGCUUAAAUUUUUUUAAGAGAACAUCGGAGAUUAAACAUUAACAUGAAGACCAAGGGAUACACUAUAAAGGCUAGGAGAUAAAAAGUGGUGGAGAAGUUGAAGCAGAAUUCUGAGGGAAAAUAAAAUCCUAUGUUUUGAACAUCUCAAACUGUUUCCAUUCACCUUACCUGGCUGGCCAAGAAGGCCACAGUUAGUCUGCAAUCUGCAGUUAUCCACAGCUCAUGUGAGAAGAAUCUGUCCCCAGAACAAUAACAAAUAGUGCAUUCCACAAAUCUGGCCUUUACAGAAGAGUGUAAAAACAAAUUAGGUUGUUGAAAGAAAUAUUUAAGAACUCCUGCUAGCAAUUUGUGUCAGUCUACCACAUAAAAUCCGUGUCAAAUACAUUUAUGUUUCUGGUAAUGUGACAAAAUGUAAACUUCAAGGGUUGUGAUAUAUUUGAUAGUUUGUGUGUACUAAGUUUAAGUCAUUUAGCUGUAUGGUGGUUAGAUGCUUCAUAAUGCUACACAGCUGUUAAUUUUAUGGGCUGUUUAUUAGAUGGUAAAUCCUGGCAUUCAUUAAAAGGACUUUAAAAUCUUUCAUGGUUUUCUCUCCUUACUUGUGCAUGCAAUGUCUGGUUUGGUACUGUUUCCAAAUGUGGUUAGUAGCUUCACUUAAUCCCAAGAGUUUAAGAGUUUGGGCAAUUAUUGUACCACGUAUAAACAGCAAUGCAAAACUACCUGAUAGACACUUCCUUAUUGCCAUCCUUACCUGAUUUGUAUGUGUAGGGAGUGUUGAAAAGUUUCAGGUAUAAUCUCCUUUCAGGAAACCCUUUAAUGACAGUUGUACUAGCCAAUUAAAAACACGUUCUGUUAGUCGUCACACAUUCCAGCCAAUCAGAGGAAGGGUUGGGCGGGACGUCCACGGUGAACAUUCCCCGGCACAUCUACACGUUCUGCCCAGUUCGAUCGGCAACGGGAGCGGAAAGAGGAAAGCUGAGAGCCCGAAGGCAG